UCUUCUCUAAUGGCGUCUCUCAAGAACCUCUUCUCCACUCUCCUACACGCUCCAAGAACCCUUUCCUUCCCUAUUUCACCCCCCAGAACCCACUUCUUUGUAGGGUCACUUCGCAUUCUUUCUUUCUUCUUCUUCUUCUCAGCAACCUUCGCCGAUACCUCGCCGGUCGUGGCCGCUGAAACUCUCGUUUCUCGUCUUCUCCCCACCUCAAACCGCGCCUCGCCCACCACUUCCUGCGCUCAUCUCGUGUCCAACUCACAUGGGACUCGCACUGAGGGCACUUCACUCUCAGCAGUCAAAGAAACCCGGAAGAGUCCAAGAAACAGCGAGUCUGAUGCAGUGGGUGACCUCAGUUCUUGUGACAUCUUUGAUGGUAACUGGGUUUUGGAUGAUUCUGAGCCGGUUUACCCACCUGGGUCUUGUCCGUACAUCGACGACGCCUUCAACUGUUUCAAGAACGGCCGGCCGGAUUCCGAUUAUCUCCGUUUCCGGUGGAAGCCACAGGGGUGCCAGAUCCCAAGGUUUGAUGGGAGGAAAAUGUUGAAGAUGUUGAGAGGGAAAAGGCUGGUGUUCGUCGGCGACUCCUUGAAUCGGAACAUGUGGGAAUCGCUGGUCUGUGCUUUGAGAGAGUCAUUGGUGGAUAAGAGCAGAGUCUUUGAAGUUUCGGGGAAGCGGGAGUUCAGAACUCAGGGGUUCUAUUCGUUUAGAUUCCUGGACUAUAAAUGCUCAAUCGACUUCGUCAGAUCACCAUUCCUCGUACAAGAAACUAUAAGUAGAACUCUAAGAGCGACACUCAGGCUCGACGUGAUCCAAGAUUCUUCCUCCAAGUACAGAGACGCUGAUAUAAUCGUCUUCAACACAGGCCACUGGUGGACGCACCAGAAAACCUACAGAGGCCAGAAUUACUUCCAGGAGGGCAAGCAUGUGUACAACAAGCUAGAAGUGACAGAAGCAUACACCAAAGCCUUGAGGACAUGGGCGCAAUGGGUCGACGCCAACAUCGACUCUAACCGCACCAGGGUGUUCUUCCGGGGAUUCUCAGCUUCUCAUUUCAGAGGUGGGCAGUGGAAUUCCGGUGGGAACUGCGACGGCGAGACGCGGCCGAUAACAAACGAGACCCAGCUUGCGCCAUAUCCAUGGAUGAUGAGGACCCUUGAGUCAGUGAUAGCAGAGAUGAUAACACCGGUGUUGUAUCUCAACAUUACCAAAAUGACAGACUACAGGAAAGACGGGCAUCCCUCCAUCUUUCGACAGCCGGAGGCGUCAAGGAGUAACGAAAUGGUUCAAGACUGCAGCCACUGGUGCCUUCCUGGGGUUCCAGACUCGUGGAACGAGCUCCUCUAUGCUACCUUGCUAACAUCAAGCUAUCUGGAUUUCAGUGAAGAAUUGAUCUCUAUUGUAUAAAUUCCCUUUGAAUUUCAUGGUCACUGUGUGUUUCCAAUUUUCUAGUUUUCAACUCGUAUUUUCUAACAGCCUCUUGGCAAAUUCACUCCAU